CGGUCCUCUCCUCUGGGCCCACGCCGCAGCGACCACGGACGAACCACCACCCCCACGCGUAGCACGAGAAGGACCUGUCUGUUCUGUUCUUCCGCCCCCACCCACGGCACGGAUCUCUCUCUCUUCUUCUCGUCGUGCCCCGCGGCCGCGGGAGUGUUCGUGUUCCUCACUCCUCCCGCUUCCUUCCCCGACACUCCCUCAGAUCCGCGCCCGUUUUCCCGAUCCACGCGACGCGAGGGGGCAUUCCAGCCCUAAAGCGGCCGGUGAGCUGGCCUCCUUCCGCCGACGCGGACCACCUGGAGGGAAUUUAUCCUGGAGCCGUCUUCCUCCUCGCCUCCUCUCGCGGCGCGGCGCGGAGGCGGGAGACACUCGGAGGUCCAGCUGUGUUUGGAUUGAUUUCUUCGUCUGUGGUGGCUAGAGGCACCUGGUUUCUUUUUGCUGAAGCUGGUGGUACAUGUGAACAGCAGGGCCUGUCUUCUGUCUCUGCUUUUGCUUCUAAGCAAUGGCGAAUGCAAGCAAGCACUUGCAACCUUCAAGCAAUGCAGGCAAUGACAGGAAGUACCAGGGCACGUUGGUCGCUUCUCCAGCAAAGGCCAUUGCGCCUAAGUGUGUGAACCGCAUCAUGCCAUCGAAGCAACUGAUCUUGGGUGGGGAUUCAAUAGGCCAUGUGGCAUCAUUUCUGAUUAAAGUCGUUGCUCUUGAGGCAGUCAGAAGAGUUUCUAAAGCAAGAUGCCCUUUCAUUUGGAAUUCUGUUCAAGCAUUGCAGAUCCUUGUGUAUCCUCCAUUUAGUUGGAUCCAAAGAUGGGCACCACUCAAAUUUCUCGUGCAGGGAAUUCAGAAACUAUCCAUGCCACUGUUGUUUCUGUCAGUCACAACAACAGUAAGUGAGCUGUCUUCCAAGCGCGACGAUGAACCAGAUAACAAUACAGAACAUUCCGAGACGCCUUCUGAAACAAAUGAAGUGGCAUCAACUUCUGGUACAAGCGAUGCUGCUGAUGGCACAAAGGAAAUCGUGCAAGAGAACUGGCUUGUGUUACUUUUCAGGGAGCUUGAGAAGCAAGGCAUCACUUUGCCCGAGAGGUUUACUGAAGAUGAGUUACGCAGAUUUUAUGUCGCUGCAAAUGGUGACUUUUCAAGUUUACUCUCAUCGGUUAAGAAGACAAUUCGUUGGAGGGAAACAUUUCACAUACUUACAUUGCAAGAACUUGAUAAAUGGUCUCACUUAGUCUUUUGGCAUGGAUUUGACACGAUGCUUCGGCCUUGUUUAGUAAUUCGUCUCGGACUUGCAUGCUCCAGCAUACCACCUCGUGACAGACCCCGUUUCGGGCAAGCAGUAGUUUCUCAAAUUGACCAUGGUGUUGUAAAUUUGACCAAUGAAGAAGAUUCAAGAAUUACCGUUUUGCUGGAUUGCCAUGGGAUUUCUCCAUUCAGAUUUCCAAUGCAAAUGAUGAGGUCAUUUAUCACUGUAGUUCAAGAAAAUUACCCGAAUCGUCUUGGUGUAUUGUUUGUUAUCCGCCUUCCUCCAGUUGUCAGAGUUAUUGCACAGACAUUUCUUCAAGUUUUGAAACCAUCAACAAAGCAGAAGUUACGUUUCGAGGGAGAUUCAUACAAGAAGACAUUGGCAGAGUUCUUGCAGGUUGUGCCAGCGUUUCUGGGCGGUAAAUGCAGCUGCCCACAAUGUGAGAAGCCUCGUAAUAGUUCAGUGAUACAGGCUGGGGAAGGGAGCAAGAGCCAGCCUCGCUUGGUCAGCGUUGAUGACGGAUCGCCUGUCACAGACUUCGACUUCGAUGAAGAAGAGAUCCCAUCAGCCUAUAGCUGCGAGAACGCCAUCAGGGCUGCAAUAAUUGGCCUGCUGAUGAUGUGCAUCUUCGUUGCGUUUCUGGCUGGGAUGAACGAUCCCACAUCUGUUUCGCCCAGUGCCCAGUGAGAGCUAUGGAAUCGCCUACUCUCCUAUAGACUAUUAGAUCUUAGAUUGUCAGUUCCGAGUAAUAGAGUAUAUAUAUGUGUUGCUGCUAGGAUGCUAGGGUGUUGUUUUCCUUGGCAACUUCUUCUCGGUUGUCGUCAGACCGCCAUGAUAGUGCUGUGUCUCAAUAUGAGCGCAGAUGAAUAAUAUCCUGUGUGUGGCAAAUGUUGGAUCACAGUUCAGUUUGAGCCCGUCGAUGUCUCUCUUAACGGGUUUUCUGUAUUAGGGCAAUGUGAUUUCUCGUUAGUGUAAGUCAAAGUUGAAUGGUUUCAGCUCUUUAUAUAGAUUAUUAUACGUUGUGCUUU